AUGGUUCCUAAUACACUUAUCGAUAAUCACCCUCCAAACGAUGAAAAAGAAUUAAAACGAAUAUCUUCUUUAGAACAACGUGUAGCUGAGUUGGAAAAUACUUUACUAAGGACGGCACAAGUCGCUCUAGAGAAACGUGUGGCUGAACUAGAGAAUUCCUUAAAAGAGUCAAAUGAAGAAUGUAAUAAAUUAAGAAAAACAAUAACAGAAAUGGAAAGUGUUGAAAGAAAAGUUGUUAUUUCGCAAAAAGGAGAAGAUAUUUUUGAGAAAAGUGACUUCACCUCAGAAAGUGGUGAUGAGAAAUAUAGUGAAAAAGAUAUGUGUGAAAGUUCUGACGAACAAGAUGUUAGUUCAGAAAUUUCUGAUACUUUAUCUGAACUAACAUCAUUUGAUGAUAAGGAAGCCGAAAUUAUAUAUGGUCGUAUAUUAAAAUUAAUUGAAAAUAUGAAAUCUGAUUGUACAAAAGCGAUCAAUCUCAAAAUUCCUACAAUGUCACAAUUACCUAAAUUACCUAUGCGAACGAAUACUAUUAAAUCAAAUACCACCAGUAUUAAUACACAAACCAACAUUGCUUCCGUCACUUCUCCGAGUGUUCCUAAAAUUCCUAGCCCAACAUCACAAUCGAGAAUGCCUGGUCGUUCAAGAACUCCUAGUAUAUCUGGUGUAUAUAUUUCUUCUCGCCCAUCUACCCCUUCUGCUCUUACUAAUUCCAAUAAUCAUCAAAUAACCUCGAAUUUAUUUUCAAACUCUUCUACUACAAGAAUGCCUGCUCCAUCUCGAAUGACUAGUUUACCUUCAUUAAAUAGUUCUUAUAUUUCUUCUCGACCUAAUACUCCUUCAAAUGUUCUCUCGAAUGUUCCUUCAAAUCCCCUAAAUUCAAAUGUUCCUUCCGAUACUCCUUCCAAUACUCCUUUCACAAAUUCUGUUAGUUCACAUAACCUAAGAAGAAAAUCGUCAAUAUCAACUUGGAAAUCAAGCUGUAAUUAUAGUUCCUCGAGACCCGAGACACCACCAUUUUAUAAUGGAAUAUCAUCCGGAAUUCCAUCAAAUCUUAAUACUCUUAAUACUAGCAUUAACUUAGGUAAUACACCCUCUCCAUCAAAAUCUACAAACAUUCCAAUGCACUUCCAAACAAUGCGUAAUUGUCGUCAAGUUUCUUCGUAA